AUGAGACACCUCACGCAAUGGCAUCCGGAACACAAAGUCCCCAUUGUGGACGGCAGAUUCCAGGACCCAAACACCGGCGAGAUUCAGCAGAAUACCCGUACAGAUACGUAUCUCGGUCCUCCCUCUGUACAUGUGAUGUGGUUCAACGUCCACGACAGCUCUUCAUUCAGGGGUCUCGGGGCUACAUUCAACGCGUCGAUUAACGAAGUCUUCAUUACGAUUGCGGACCAUGUGAGAGACGGGGUUUAUAGCAUUAUCAGCCUCAAUGCGAGCUUGUACGCUGUGACUGUCGUCUGCGAGACGGACAAGGCGAGGGAGGAGGUUGGGGGUGUGAUACAGGGUAUGCAGCGGCGUUUGAAUAGGGAUGUGGUAAUUCCGGAGGGGGAAUUGGAUGCUGUGAGGACUUGGAAGGAGGAGAUGGGGUAUGAUAAGAAUGAUGUGGUUGGGGAUGGGAGUUGGGGGGCUUCUGGGUCUUCUUGA